UUGGUAAACGGGCACUGAGUUGGGACCACAACAACCAGUGUAAACGGUCAAAAUAUCGAAGAUUAUUGUAGAUAAUUUUCCUAAUAUGUGAUUCUUUUUAUGAACUAUUUAGGACUUAUUCAAACAAAGGAAUAGUUAUUCUUUUCGAUCGCUGACCAUCAAAGAUGGCAGCUGUGAACGGACAUACAAACGGUAUGAAUGGCCAUACAAAUGGUGUAAAUGGUCAUAGUAAUGGUGUAAAUGGUCAGUAUGAUGAAAACAGCCCAAGAACUGAAUCCAAAAAUAGGACCAGGAUUGGAGGAGUGGGUCCUGAUGGGUACCCAAGGCUUCCACCUAUAUCUAAACCCAAUGUACCACAGAGGGAAGACCCUUAUGCCAACAGCAAGUUAAUGACAUUCAGGCUGGCAAACCAAAAACAAGCUCUACUGAUGAAAGUUCUUGCCGACACAGCAAUGAAGUCAUAUGAAGAUACAAGGGACGUUAAUGAGAGAGAGCCAUCACCUGAUAAUGGCCCAGACUACCCUGACGAGAUGAUGAGCAAAGACAGAAGAAUCAGGGUGAAUUACCAGUUUAUGAGAAAAUGUGUGGAGAGUGGACCAGUUACACCUAUGCAGAAAGAAUGGGCUCACAAGAUUGUAAAAAUGAUCCCAGAAAAACUCAGGUCUACACCUUAUAUGAAGGAGUGCAUUAGGGAUUUGUUUGAAGAGAUAAAAAAAGACUUCACGUCUAGCAUGAAGAAAUCCAUGGUACAACAUGUUUUGAUGAAACCAGAAGUUAAAGGACUAGAUGGUGAAGUAGCUGGUCCACCACCUCAGGAGCCAAGUGGUCUAGAUUUCUCCAAGCCAUGGCACAAUGAUUUUGUUGCUGCCAAGGAGAAUAUCAGAGAGAACCUACACAUGUUACAUCCCUCCAUGCAGACUGUUCUUGAUAUGUGUCAGACAACACUGGGAAACAUGAUUCUUGUUGACUGCUCAAAAUUCAGAGCGCAGGGACCAAUGGAAUUUGAAUCACUAAAGAACAAUGUGAUACUUGAUCUAGAAAAGGCAGAAGAAAAACUCAUGCUGAGUUGGUAUCCGAAAGUGAUCAAUGUAUUUGGUGACAAGAACAACUUUAAAAAUCUGAAACAGGAGAAAUAUCCAUCAUUCUACAACAGUGUAACAACACUUAUCUCAAAUCAGUUGAGGAGACUAUUGGAGCGCACUUUAGAUGGAUACGUCAACUUGUUUGACGCUGAUGACAAAACUUGUCUGCCUUUACUGAAAAUGGAGCUCACAUUUGAUGAUGAGAAAAUGCAGUUUUACCCACCAAGUCAGGACCUUGAAGACACAGUACUGUUUGUGGUGAAACAGAUAUGUAAGACAAUGCAGCAAGUGCCGACGGUUCAGUCAUGGCUGUCUGGUGGAAGUACCCUCAACCAUACUGACGCCUCGAUCCCCGAUCAUAUCCUGAAGAAAUAUGUUCUUAAACUACAAAAAGCUGUAAAAGCUAACUUUGAAGAACCACAGGCUCAUCUGAAAUCUUUUGUGGAUAGAUAUGACUACAUUGUAAAUGGAGAGGCUCUUGCUGAAAUCCAAAAAUACAUGGAAGUAGAACACACAUUUGCAGAAUAUACUGAGCAAAUUGAGAAGUACAGAAAUCUAGCUAAGGAGAUCAUGGGUUUACCAAGCAUUGAGCAUUUUGACAUGAUUCGAUUGGAUUGUGAGGAUUUGAAGAGAGGUCUAGCUGAAGCAUCUCGUGGACUGGCUAAUGAACUAUUGAGAAAGGUGUCUGAUGAUCACAGGAAAGAGAACAAAGAAAUCUGUGAAGAGUUCCAGAACAUUAUGGAUAGAGCACUACGUGACCCAGAGACAAGCGAAGACCUGAUUGACAUGAUUGCAUUUGUUGAGCAUGCUCGAACACAAGGAAUGGUCAAACUGAAUGAACGUAUUACACAGUCUAAGGACAGACUUGCCUACUUGAUUGAUGUGUUUUUGUUUACACCAGAAGACAUUGCUCUCAAUUGUGAUGUGCUUACAUGGCCGAAGAACAUCAACCCAGUAUUUGAUCAGAACGAAGAGCUGAUAGAGAAGUCUAAACAAGCCGGUGAGAAGGGAUUGUUAGAGAAGAGAGAGAAGGUAAUGCUCGAACUUGAGAAGUUACGACAACGUGUUGAUGAGUUUAAUGACUACGGUGAACUUGAUAUGAUGCAACAAUAUGUACAGGAUGUACGUGCUGUACAGAAACGUCUGGCUGAUGUAACCGACCAAAUUACGUGGAUAAAUAAGGAGGAGCAGCUAUACAAGUACCCAGUCACAACAUACCCAGAUAUAGAUGAGAUCACAAAUGCUGUAGAUCCAUUCCAGAGACUCUUUAAUAUUGUCAUGAAAUGGCAAAGAGCAGAGAAAAAAUGGAUGGAUGGAGCGUUCUUGGACCUUGAGGCUGAAGUUAUUGAAGGCGAGGUAGAUGAAUACUGGAGAGAAAUCUAUAAGAUACAGAAAGUGUUUAAUCAGAAACUGAAGAAGAUGCAGAUCGAGAUAGAUGAGAUCAACAGAGAACGUAAAAAGAAACGUCGCCUUGCCGAGGAUGACGGGACCGAAGGCGAUGUAGAACCUGACGCCAAGUUGACACCUCCGGCAGCUGUCACUGUUUGUAAUGCUGUACAGGACCAAAUGACAGAAUUUAAGGAAUUCAUCCCAGUGAUAGGAAUCAUGUGUAAUCGUGGUAUGCGUCCACGUCAUUGGGAGAAAAUGUCUGGAACUGCAGGUUUUGACCUGACCCCAGACUCUGGUUCAACCCUCAGAAAGGUGCUUAAGUUGAACCUACAACCAUUCAUGGAAGAAUUUGAAGGCAUUAGUGCUGCUGCAACAAAGGAACACUCACUAGAGAAGGCCAUGAACAAGAUGAUGGAGGACUGGGAUGCUGUAGACUUUAAUCUGAGUCAGUAUCGUGACACAGGCAUCAGUAUUUUAUCAUCAGUUGAUGAUAUACAAACACAGCUUGAUGAUCAAAUUGUCAAAACUCAGACAAUGAGAGGAUCUCCGUUCAUCAAACCAUUUGAGAAGGAAAUUAAGAUAUGGGAAGAGCGUUUGAUCCGUAUACAGGACACAAUUGAUGAAUGGUUAAAGGUUCAAGCCCAGUGGUUGUACCUGGAGCCGAUUUUCUCCUCAGAGGACAUUAUGCAACAGAUGCCAGAGGAAGGCCGUCUCUUCCAGAUUGUCGACAGAAACUGGAAGGAAAUUAUGAAAAAUACAGUCAAAGAUCCCAAGGUAUUGGUAGCAACAGCUAUGACAGGACUGUUAGAGAAGCUCCAGGAUAGUAAUGGUCUUCUUGACAAGAUCAACAAGGGAUUAAACGCGUACCUAGAGAAGAAACGUCUCUUCUUCCCACGAUUCUUCUUCCUGUCCAACGACGAAAUGCUUGAGAUACUGUCCGAGACAAAAGAUCCGCUACGUGUACAGCCUCAUUUGAAGAAGUGUUUUGAGGGUAUUGCGAGACUUGAGUUUGACUCUAAGUUAGACAUUCAUGCUAUGUUUAGUAGUGAGGGUGAGAGAGUACAGAUGGCAAAUUCAAUCUCGACGUCUGAGGCUCGUGGAGCGGUAGAGAAAUGGUUGUUACAGGUGCAGGAUACUAUGUUACUGUCCGUGCGUGAUGUGGUCAGAUCUGCUCAUGAGGCAUAUGCCAUUGAACCAAGAACAAACUGGGUCAUUGACUGGCCAGGUCAGGUGGUGUUGUGCGCAUCACAGGCAUACUGGACUCGAGAGGUGCACGAGGCUAUCCGUGCCGCACCAACAGGACUGAAAGACUAUUGGGAUGUGUUACAGAAACAGCUUGGGGACGUUGUAGAACUUGUACGUGGCAAACUGACUAAACAGGCUCGAACCACUCUGGGUGCCCUCGUUGUAAUUGAUGUGCAUGCCAGAGAUGCUGUGAUGGAGCUGGCGGAAAAAGGUGUUUCUAGCGAGAAUGACUUUAAUUGGUUGGCACAUCUUAGAUACUACUGGGAGGACGACAACAUGAUUGUGAGGAUCACAAAUGCCACAGUAAAAUACUCGUAUGAAUACCUUGGUAAUACAACACGUCUUGUCAUUACACCUCUCACCGACAGAUGUUAUCGUACUCUUGUCGGUGCCUUCCACUUGAAUUUGAACGGAGCUCCGGAAGGUCCAGCCGGAACUGGUAAAACAGAGACGGUGAAGGAUUUGGCCAAGGCAUUGGCUGUACAGUGUGUGGUGUUCAACUGCUCAGAUGGUCUCGAUUACAUUGCUAUGGGAAAGUUUUUCAAGGGGCUUGCAUCAGCUGGUGCAUGGGCUUGUUUUGAUGAGUUUAACAGAAUUGACCUUGAAGUGUUGUCUGUCAUUGCCCAACAGAUUUUAUGCAUCAUCAGAGCUGUACAAGGUAAACUAGAUGUGUUUGUGUUUGAGGGAACAGAAUUGAACCUGAAUCCACAGUGUUAUGUUAACAUAACAAUGAACCCCGGUUAUGCAGGUCGGUCUGAACUUCCGGACAAUCUCAAAGUAUUAUUCAGAACUGUAGCUAUGAUGGUACCGGACUAUGCUAUGAUUGCCGAGAUCUCGCUGUACUCGUUUGGUUUCCUGGAAGCAAAGGCGUUGUCAGUAAAGAUCGUCACUGUAUACAGACUGUGCUCGGAACAGUUAUCAUCUCAGUUCCAUUAUGAUUACGGCAUGAGAGCUGUAAAAGCUGUGCUGUCCGCAGCCGGUAAUCUUAAACUGAAGUAUCCAGAUGAAGAAGAAAAUAUUUUGUUGCUGAGAUCUAUCAUUGAUGUCAACUUACCAAAGUUCUUGUCUCAUGACAUUCCACUUUUCAAUGGUAUCAUCUCUGACUUGUUCCCGGGACUUUCCCUGCCGGAAGCCGACUAUGAGAUCUUCUUAAAGGCCAUGGAGACCAUAGCAGAAAAGAAGAAUUUACAGUUUGUCAAUUUCUUCAAAGAGAAGAUUAUUCAAACAUAUGAAAUGAUGAUUGUCAGACACGGUUUCAUGUUGGUUGGUGAACCGUUUGGGUGUAAGACUAUGGUGAUAGAAACACUGUGUGAAGGAAUGACCUUGCUGAAUGAACAAGGUCACACGGAGGAAUUUGAAAAGGUCAAAUAUCGUAUAAUUAACCCAAAGGCUGUAACGAUGGGACAAUUGUUUGGUUGCUUUGAUCCAGUUUCUCAUGAGUGGACAGACGGAAAUGUAGCAAACACAUUUAGAGAGUUUGCGUCCACGGAUACUCCUGACAGAAAAUGGGUCGUGUUUGACGGUCCAAUUGAUGCCUUGUGGAUUGAAAACAUGAACACUGUACUUGAUGACAAUAAGAAACUGUGUCUAAUGAGUGGUGAAAUUAUACAGAUGUCCAAUCCUAUGUCACUUAUCUUUGAAACUAUGGAUCUUUCACAAGCUUCUCCUGCUACUGUAAGUCGAUGUGGUAUGAUCUACCUUGAACCAUCAACGUUAGGCUGGAGACCAAUAAUGAGGUCUUGGUUGAAUACUUUACAUGAAGUACUGGCCACAGAAGCUGGUGACGCUAUUGAAGCACUGUUUGAAUGGCUAGUUGACCCAUGUCUGGACUUUGUCAGAAAGAAUUGCAAGGAGUAUAUUGCAUCAAAACCGUCCAAUGCAGUACGAUCACUGAUGUACUUGAUUGACAUGUUGUUAGCCGAGGCUCUCGCUUCACCAGAUCUUGAGCACAACAAAUCAUUAAGAACAUGGGUCAUUAAUGUUGUACAAUUUUCUAUCCCAUGGUCUAUUGGAGCUGUAGUAGAUGUUGAUGGUAGACACAAGUUUGAUGCUUUCUUCAAGGACCUCAUCAAUGGAAAGUUUGAAAAACAUCCUAUGCCUAAAGCUCUUGGCAAAUUUGAUGUGCCAUUACCAGCAGAAAUGUCCAUUUAUGACAUCUUCUUUGAGCAAAAAGCUAGAGGAACAUGGAAACAUUGGAAUGAGUUAUUGAAGGGGGUGGAGCCAAAGUCCAAGAAUAUCCGACAAAUGCUGGUACCGACCAUGGAUACAGCCAGAUACCGGUUCCUUAUGGAACUUUGUAUUGAUCAUUCCAGUGGAAAAGACGGAAAACCAAGGCCUCUCCUAUUUGUGGGACCAACUGGUACAGGAAAAUCUGUGUAUGUACAGGAUAAACUGAUGCAUGAUCUGCCAAAAGAGAAGUUUUUACCAGCUUUUGUGAAUUUUUCUGCUCAAACUAGUGCUAAUCAAACACAGAACAUCAUCAUGUCACGUUUAGACAAGAGGAGGAAAGGAGUGUACGGGCCUCAGAUGGGUAAAAGAGCGAUCAUCUUUGUUGAUGACAUGAACAUGCCCCAGAAGGAGGUUACGGAGCUCAGCCACCCAUAUGAGCUUCUCAGACAGUACCUUGAUCACGGAAACUGGCCAGGGAAAAUUCCCAACAGUGCCUCGAGGAAUAAUAACACACAUAAAAGCAGAAUGAAUCUUGUCAUCUUUAGAUAUGUGUUAGAGCAUUUGUCUCGUAUCAGUCGUGUUUUACGUGUACCCGGAGGUAACGCCCUCUUGGUUGGUGUAGGUGGCAGCGGUAGACAGUCUCUGACACGUCUAGCUACAGCUACUGCUGGGUAUGGCCUUUUCCAACCUGAAAUCUCUAAAAAUUAUGGCAAAACAGAAUGGAGGGAAGAUAUAAAGACUUUAUUAAAGACAGCUGGAACAGGUAAGACAAUGGUGUUUCUGAUAACAGACACACAAAUCAAGGAAGAAUCUUUUCUAGAAGAUAUUGAUAAUUUACUCAACACUGGUGAAGUCCCCAAUAUAUUUGCUGCUGAUGAAAAGUCAGAAAUUAUGGAGAGUAUACGUCCAGCUAUGCAGGCACAGAUGGAGGCGGAGGGUAAAGGUGGUGAUGAUUUCUCUCCCCUGGCAAUGUUUGCCUUCUUUGUAAAUCGUGUAAGAGAGAAUUUACACAUCAUUAUAGCCUUCAGUCCUAUUGGAGAUGCUUUCAGGAACAGACUUCGUCAAUUUCCAUCACUUAUCAAUUGUUGUACCAUAGAUUGGUUCCAGGCCUGGCCUGAUGAUGCUUUAGAAAGAGUGGCCAAUAAGUUCUUAGAGCAGCUGGAUAUUGAGGAUGAUCAGAAGGCAGAGACUGUGAAAAUCUGUAAACAUUUCCACCAGGGCACUAUUGGUCUGUCAACAGCUUACUUGCAUGAAUUGGGACGUCAUAAUUACGUCACACCAACAUCGUACCUGGAAUUGAUUAAUGCCUUUAAGACAUUGUUAGGAUCUAAACAAGAUGAGACACUUAAAGCAAAGAGGAGAUAUGUUGUUGGUCUGGAGAAGUUGGCAUUCGCUGCUAGUCAGGUUGCAGACAUGCAGAAAGAGCUUGAGGAACUACAGCCUCAACUUGUUGUUUCUGCAGAGGAGAAUUCUAAAAUGUUGGUGGUAAUUGAGAAAGAAUCGGCUGAAGUUGAGGCCACCAGUAAACUGGUAAAGGCUGAUGAACAGGUAGCCAAUGAACAGGCUGCUCAGGCUCAAGCUUUAAAAGAUGAAUGUGAGGCUGAUCUUGCUGAGGCUAUCCCUGCCCUCGAGGCUGCCUUAGCUGCUCUUAAUACACUGAAGAUACAUGUGAUGCAGAAGAUCCGUAAAAGAGUAUAUUUGGUAAUCCAGAAAUUUGACCCGAGCAAGGUGAAAAAUGCUUCCUCCGCAGCUGAAGGUCUCUGUAAAUGGAUCAUGGCAAAAAUGGAGAUUUAUGAUCGUGUUGCUAAAGUCGUAGCUCCAAAGAAAGCCCGUCUAGCUGAGGCCGAGGCUGAUCUCAGCUCGACAAUGAAAACUUUAAAUGCAAAACGUGCUGAGUUGGCAGCUGUUGAGAAACGUUUGGCUGACUUGAAAGCCACAUUCAAAGAAAUGACAGACAAGAAAGAACAGCUCGAGUUUCAGGUGGAUUUGUGCGGAAAGAAACUUGUACGUGCUGAGAAGCUGAUCGGUGGUUUAGGUGGUGAGAAGUCCAGAUGGACAAAGGCGGCAGAGUUGUUACAAAACACAUAUGAUAAUCUGACAGGUGAUGUGUUGAUCUCAGCCGGUGUGAUUGCCUACCUCGGUCCGUUCACAUCUGCAUUUAGAGAUAGGGCAACUCAUGACUGGGUGAACGAGUGCAUGACAAAGAAGAUCCCAUGCUCAAAAGAGUUUUCACUGAGUAAAUGUCUUGGAGAACCAAUUAAGAUCCAGGCCUGGAACAUCUUCGGUCUACCUAGAGAUGCUUUCUCUAUAGAUAAUGGUGUCAUUGUGGCUAACUCUAGAAGAUGGCCAUUGAUGAUAGAUCCCCAAGGUCAGGCCAAUAAAUGGGUAAAGAACAUGGAGAAAGAGUUUAAACUUUCAGUUAUCAAGCUGACAGAUUCUGACUACAUGAGGACACUAGAGAACUGUAUUACAUUUGGUAACCCUCUACUUUUGGAGAAUGUUGGCGAGGAGUUAGACCCGUCCCUUGAACCAUUGCUUCUCAAACAGACAUUCAAACAAGGCGGUGUUGAAAUGAUCCGACUAGGUGAAAACACAAUUGAAUACAGCAAGGAUUUCAGAUUUUACAUCACAACAAAGUUGCGUAACCCACACUACUUGCCCGAAGUAGCCACCAAGGUGUCUCUGCUCAACUUCAUGAUCACUCCAGAAGGUCUGGAGGACCAGUUGCUUGGAAUUGUUGUAGCCAAAGAAAGGCCUGAGCUGGAGGAAGAGAGACAGGCUUUGAUUAUACAGAGUGCUCAGAACAAGAAACAACUCAAAGAAAUUGAGGACAAAAUCUUGCACACACUUUCAGCCUCCGAGGGCAAUAUCCUCGAGGAUGAGUCUGCUAUCCAGAUUCUUGAUUCCUCAAAGAUUCUCUCAGAUGAAAUCUCAAAGAAACAAAAGAUUGCGGAGGAAACAGAAGAGAAGAUUGAGACAAGUCGUAUGGGAUAUCGUCCUAUAGCCAAACAUUCCUCCAUCCUCUUCUUCUCUAUUGCUGACCUUCCAAAUAUUGAUCCUAUGUACCAGUAUUCUCUCACCUGGUUUGUCAACUUAUACGUAAUGUCUAUACAUGAUAGUAACCGAUCCAAGAUUCUGGAGAAACGUAUACGUUACCUAUCCGACCAUUUCACUUACAAUUUGUAUUGUAACGUGUGUCGGUCCCUCUUCGAAAAAGACAAACUUCUUUUCUCCUUCUUGUUAUGUACAAAUAUGCUUUUAUCGAAGCAUGAAUUAGACCGUGAGGAGUUUAUGUUCUUCCUGACCGGUGGUGUUGGUCUCGAGAACAAGCUCGUCAACCCGGCACCGACCUGGCUUACGGACAAGAGCUGGGAUGAGAUUUGCAGAGCCAGUGAUCUUAAAGCCAUAAAAAAGCUGAGGGAACAUUUUGUGAAGAACAUAAACAAGUGGGCAGAUUUUUACAAUGCUAAGGAGCCUCACAAUGAACCACUACCUUCUCCAUUUGACACAGACCUAAACGAUUUCCAGAAAAUGAUAGUGCUGCGUGUGAUCAGACCAGAUAAGGUAAAUGCUGCUAUCACGUUAUUUGUAACAAGCAAACUUGGCAAGAAGUUUAUUGAGCCACCUCCAUUUGACCUGGCCAAAUCUUACAAUGACUCCAACUGUACAGCUCCUCUUAUCUUUGUGCUGUCACCAGGAGCAGAUCCUACCAUGGCCCUGUUGAAGUUUGCAGAAGAUAAAGGUUUCAGUGGAGAUAAAUUCCAGUCUAUUUCUCUAGGUCAAGGACAAGGACCAAUCGCAUCUCGUAUGAUUGAGAAAGCUCGUCAAGAUGGUACAUGGGUAAUGUUACAGAACUGUCAUCUUGCUGUAUCAUGGAUGACACCCCUGGAGAAAGUUUGUGAAGACUUCAGUACAGAAAACUGUCACUCGGAGUUCCGUCUUUGGCUUACCAGUUAUCCCUCUGACAAGUUCCCAGUAACAGUGCUACAGAAUGGAGUUAAGAUGACUAAUGAACCACCUACAGGAUUACGUCAAAAUCUGCUACAAUCAUACCUUAAUGAUCCUAUCUCUGACUCAGAGUUCUUUGCUGGCUGUCCUGGAAAAGAAUCUAAUUUUGAGAAACUUUUGUUUGGUCUGUGUUUCUUCCACGCCCUGGUACAGGAACGCAGAAAGUUUGGAGCUCUUGGUUGGAAUAUUGCCUAUGGAUUUAAUGAAUCAGAUUUGCGUAUCUCUGUUAGACAGUUACAGAUGUUUAUCAAUGAAUAUGAAGAUGUACCUUUCGAUGCUAUCACAUACAUGACUGGAGAGUGUAACUAUGGAGGUAGAGUAACUGACGACUGGGACCGUCGGUGCUUGAGAACUAUGCUCAAUGACUUCUAUACCCCACACAUUUGUAAUGACCCGAAAUACAAAUUCUCUCCAAGUGGAGUCUACUACUGUCCUUCAAAGGGAAAAUAUGAGGACUACUUAGAAUUUAUCAGGAGUCUUCCACAAAAUCAAUUACCCGAGAUAUUUGGCAUGCACGAGAACACAGACAUCUCCAAGGAAUUGCAGGAAACCAAGCUGCUGUUUGACUCAGUAUUACUUACUCAGGGCCGCUCAGGUGGUGGUGGUGGUGGUGAUACAGACGCUCAGCUUAACGCCAUUGCGGGUGAUAUUCUUUCAAAGAUGCCACCAGACUUUGAUAUUGAGGAAUCUAUUAAGAAAUAUCCAGUAGACUAUAACGAGAGCAUGAACACUGUGCUUGUACAGGAAAUGGAGAGAUUUAAUAGGUUGACAACGAUUGUACGAUCUAGUUUAAUCAACAUACAAAAGGCUAUCAAGGGUCUUGUUGUGAUGUCAUCGGAGCUGGAACAACUUGCCGGAAGUCUUCUCAUUGGCAAAUUGCCAGCAAUGUGGGCAAAGCGUUCCUACCCAUCACUCAAACCUCUGGGAAGUUACAUCAAUGACUUAUUGGAAAGAUUGAAAUUCCUACAGACUUGGUAUGACACUAACAAACCUCCAGUGUUCUGGAUAUCUGGAUUCUUCUUCACACAGGCUUUCCUGACUGGUGUAAUGCAGAACUAUGCCAGAAAGUACACUAUACCCAUUGAUACACUUGGAUUUGACUACGAGUUACAGUCUCUAGGGUUGGAGAUGUUUACGGAGGCCCCUGAUGAUGGUGCCUAUGUGAAUGGUCUGUUUUUGGAUGGUGCUAGAUGGGACAAACACAAGAAAUGUUUGAAUGAGCAGUUACCCAAGAUUCUAAACGAUGCCGUUCCUGUAAUCUGGUUAAGACCAAACCGUAAGGAUCAGAUAGACGAGUCCGACAAGCGUUAUAGGUGUCCGGUAUACAAGACCAGUGAGAGGAAAGGCGUUUUGUCCACAACUGGUCACUCAACCAACUUCGUCGUGGCUAUGUUGUUACCAACAGAUAAACCAGUGCAGCACUGGAUCAAACGUGGAUGUGCUAUGUUGUGCCAGUUGGAUGACUAAGAUUUAAAUGUGAAAUUUAGACAAUAUGUAUGAAUGAAUGAAGAACAUUGGAACUUUUACAAAUGAGGAAACAAUUAGUUAAUAUCACGUCCUAUUAUCAAACACUCUUCGACAUUAAUGUAACAACAACAAAAAAACUGCAUUUGAAUAUGCUGACUUGACUAUUUUGUUUAUAUUUUCUUCAUUUUGAUUUUGUUUGUUUAAUGGAAGCUUGUAUCAUAGAAGAAAACAUAUGAUAAAUAUGUUUAAUACAAUAAGGUCCAAAGUUGAAGAAGAACAAAGUAUAGAAAUUCUAGACAGUAUUAAUAUUAUUGAACAAAGCUGGAACAUACAUGUAUAAUAAUAGUGUUAUAUUUAUUGUAAAACAUCACGGUGAUGCAAGGGCAAUUGGAUUUAUGUCUAAUUCACUGAUUUAUACAUCAUGCUUGAAAAAGACAGCUGAAUUUUUAAGUUUUGCUUUUUGAUUUAAUGUUUAGGUUUCUCAUAGGUUUUUUGUUGUUUUUCCAUUAAAGAAAUUGACACAUUUUUGUGGAAUACUUAUCAUCAAAUACUGAAGUAAACAAAAUACAUGUAGCUUAAUUUUCAUUUUUUCGAAAAAUGAUAAAUAUAUAUGAAAAGCUAAAUAAAACUAGAUUUUAAAUCAUUGACUUCAGAUAGACACAAUUAAGUAAGUUUCCUUUAUAUUUACAUACAUAAAUAUAUGUUAUAAUAUGCAAUUUUUUUUAUCUAUACAAUGUUUGAAUUACCGUCCAAAAUCAGAUAUUUUUUACAUAUAAGUAUAUUUAUAUUUUGACUGUUAUUGUAAAUAUUUGUUGAUUUCUGUGAUACAUUUGUUCGUAAAGUGCACAGUUUUGUAUAAACUAAUACAACUAUAGUAUUUAAACAUAAUAGUAUUUUUGCAUUUUUUUGUUUAUAUUUAUGAAAUGAUAAUUUCCGUAAUUAUUAUAUUCGUCCAGAUACUUUCUUUACAUUUAAAUGGAUUCUUUAUUUAACAACAUUUUAGAAAUAUCCGUCCUAAUGGUAUAUGUUGAAUUAUUAUAAAGUUCACUGAUUAACAUGAUAGAAUAGACUUGAAAGAAAAACUUUCAAGAGAUAUUUUUCAUGCAUUAUUAUAGUUCUUUUCAUUCUAUAAUGUUUGUGUAUUUAAGUACUGUAUUAAUUGUGCAGUAUUUCUGUAUACAGCUUAACUGUGAUAUCAAUAAAGUUUUUUUGCUAUUGUGA